GCACUGGUGAAGUACUCAAACAUCCCAGGAAUUCAAAGCAACUAGGAACAAGCGACCUCGGCACAACGAGGACAUUUUUGUUUUAGUUGAACCCUCGUCCUUGUCGCCGAGAAAGGUGAACGAAGUCUCGUUUACUGUCUGAAUAAGGAAAGUAUUUUGGACUUCGACUUGCUGCUACAUUGCGUGCAGAUGUGAAGUCAGACAGUAGCUGCCAUCCUCUGCUGAAACCCCGGACUGAGUGCCACCCUCUUCAUCUCCUUCAUUGUCAUUAUACAUGCACUUACAUGAAGAGAGGCGAGAAACCCGAAGGAUACAGGCAGAUGAGACCCAAAACAUUUCCCACCAGUAACUACAGCGGCAACAGCCAACAAAUGCUGCAGGAAAUACGGAACAGUCUCCGCAACUUGUCCAAACCCUCUGACCCCCCUAAAGCGGACUUUAGUGGACCUGUGAAAAUGCCUCCUGAGGACUCAAGGCAACAGGGGCGCAGCAGCAACCCCAAAAAACACCAGCACCACAAAGCCUUACAGGAGAUCCGCAAAUCUCUGUUGCCUUUUGCUAAUGAGCCUGCUUCAGGCCCUGAGGUGCACAAACACAUGACGCUGGAACCCCCCUGUCCCGGGUAUGAGGAGAGCAACAGUCGCAGCAUGGGAGCAGUCAUAGACUACAUGGGAAAGGUGACCUACCAAGAACCGGUGAGGGAGCAGAUGGGCAUGGCCAAUCCCAACACCACAGGUCUGAAAGCCCCAGGAGCCCCUCAUAUCCAGCAGGGUGUGCUGAGGAGGCCAAGCUGGAAAGGGUCAAAGGAGUCUUUGGCCCCUCGACACAGUCAUCUCAUGGGGGAUGGAAUGCUGUACCGCUCGGACAGCCCUGGACCACCUCCUGCCUUCCCACAGGGUCACCCUGCCAACAGCCAGAGGGUCAAUCCCCCGCUGAUGCCCCAGGUGCGCAGCGUCACACCUCCACCAAACAGAGGUGCAAUGCCUCCUCCACCCUCCUGGGACAGCAAUCCAUCAACCAAGCGUUACUCUGGCAACAUUGAUUACCAUGUGCCCCGCAUAUCUCCUGUCCCACAAGGGGCGUGGCCUGAUAGGAUCAGCCCGGUGCCUGUGAACCAUCAGCCCAUCAUAAUGCAAAGUUCUGGGGGGAAUAAGUUUACCUUUCCAUCCAGCUGGUCUCAGAAUGGCUCCCCUCAGCCAGAGUACAUGUCAGGGGGCAGCAGACAGCCUCCUCCACCAUACCCGGUCAACCAGAGCAGCAGGCACAGUCCCACUGACCAGCAGAUGCAGUCAGGAGGACCUGCAUCCUCCCCCUCUUAUGUCAACGGGGGAAACGUCCCUCAGUCCAUGCUGGUUCCUAACAGGAACAGUCACAACCUGGACAUGUAUAACCUAGGUCCUCCUCAGUCCUGGUCCCAGGCUCCCAUGACCUCCAACCACCCUCAGUCUUCCCCUGGUAACAGUAGCAACCAAGACCUGUCCCCAUCUUGGCAGCACAACAUGCCAGUCCGCUCCAACUCCUUCAGUAACCACCAACUGAACGGCAGAGCGGCUCACCCAGCCAGCUCUCAACCCUCUGCCACCACCCUCACCGCCAUCACCCAGGUGCCCAUCCUGCAGCCCGUCAAAAGCAUGCGAGUCCAGAAACCUGAGUUACACACCGCUGUGGCUCCCACACACCCCCCAUGGCUGCAUCAGGCUCCACCCACUCAGGCUGCACCUGCUUACCAAGAACCCCCGCCCCCCGUGUCUCAGAUCCCUGUUGUAGCGGAAGUCCCCAGCUACCAGGGCCCUCCUCCGCCGUAUCCUAAGCAUCUUCUCCAGCAGCAGGCCACACCCAGCCCUCCCGCCUACGACCCGGGUGCCAACAAGCUCGGCAUAGGCAGAGAGGAGUCCGCCGAAGAGGAGAGCGGCGGCGGAGGCAGCGAAAGCUCCAGAGACAAGCCGACAGAGAGCCCCGACAGCACCGCAGCGACAGAGAAGGAGAACAAGCAGAUCACGACAUCGCCUGUGCCUGUCCGCCGUAACAAGAAAGACGAAGAAAGGAGAGGGGAGUCUGGGAGAAUAGCGCUGUACUCCCCCCAGGCCUUCAAGUUCUUUAUGGAGCAACAUGUGGAGAACAUACUGAAGAACCAUCAGCAGAGGAUUCGGAGGAGGAAGCAGCUGGAGAGUGAGAUGCAGCGGGUGGGUUUAUCAUCAGAAGCUCAGGAGCAGAUGCGUAUGAUGCUCUGUCAGAAAGAGUCCAACUACAUCCGGUUAAAGCGAGCCAAGAUGGACAAAUCCAUGUUCAAACGAAUCAAGACCCUCGGUAUCGGAGCCUUCGGCGAGGUCUGCCUGGCCAGAAAAGAGGACACCGGAGCGCUGUACGCCAUGAAGACGCUGCGCAAGAAAGACGUCCUGCUCAGGAACCAGGUGGCCCACGUGAAGGCGGAGAGGGACAUCCUUGCUGAGGCCGACAACGAGUGGGUGGUCCGUCUCUACUACUCCUUCCAAAACAAGGACAACUUGUACUUCGUCAUGGAGUACAUACCCGGAGGGGACAUGAUGAGCCUUCUGAUCCGGCUCGGUAUCUUCAAAGAAGAGCUGGCUCAGUUUUACAUCGCAGAGCUCACUUGUGCCGUGGAGAGCGUCCACAAGAUGGGCUUCAUCCACCGAGACAUUAAGCCGGAUAACAUCCUCAUAGACAGAGACGGACACAUAAAGCUGACUGACUUUGGUCUGUGCACUGGCUUCCGCUGGACGCAUGACUCCAAGUAUUACCAGAGUGGUGACCAUGUGAGACAGGACAGCAUGGACUUCAGUAAGGAAUGGGAGGAUCCAACAAACUGCCGCUGCACAGACCGUCUGAAGCCUCUGGAGAGGAGGAAGGCCCGGCAACACCAGAGGUGUUUGGCACAUUCACUGGUGGGGACACCCAACUAUAUCGCACCUGAGGUGCUGCUUCGAACAGGGUACACCCAGCUCUGUGAUUGGUGGAGUGUUGGUGUGAUCUUAUACGAAAUGGUAGUCGGACAGCCUCCCUUCUUAGCGACCACACCCCUGGAGACGCAGCUGAAGGUGAUAAACUGGAAGAGCACGCUGCACAUUCCCCCGCCGGCCAAGCUCACCGCUGAGGCGUCAGAUCUCAUCGUCAAGCUGUGCCGCGGCCCCGAAGACCGCCUCGGCAAGAACGGCGCGGACGAAAUCAAAGCUCACCCUUUCUUUGGGAGCAUUGACUUCUCCAGCGAUCUGAGGCAGCAGGUGGCGCCGUACAUCCCCACCAUCGCUCACUCCACGGACACAUCCAACUUUGACCCCGUGGACCCGGACAAGCUGUGGAGCAGUGACAGCGACGGCGAAGACAACCACAACGACACCCUCAACGGCUGGUUCCGCAACGGCAAACACCCCGAACACGCCUUCUACGAGUUCACCUUCCGCCGCUUCUUCGACGACAACGGACACCCGUACAGCUGCCCCAAACCCAUCGGGUACGAGGACUUUAACGAGGACGAGGCGGACUCGGAGGGCGCCGUGCAGGAGGCAGCCAGCAGCUCAGCCAAUCAGAGUAGAGAUCAGGUGUACGUGUAGCAACCGGGGCUGGUGUCGCUGCUUGUACAUACAGAGCGGAGCGUGUUUGUGUGUGUGAAGGGGAUUACAAACCUACAGCAAUUAACUCUUGAACGUAGGAGAGUAUGAUUUUCAGAGCAGCUAAAAACUGCAGCAUGACAACAGACUCACACUAAGAGAGGAGUCACUUCUUCAAGUUCAGAUCUGACUUGAUUAGACUAGUAAAAGGGGGAAAGCAGCUAGCACGUCUACAAUAGCAACCUGCCUUCUAGCUCCUCUAAGUUCACUAAUAGAUAGUUUUGCCAUGCCUACAUGUACCAUGAUGCAUUGUGUGUGAGCAUGUGCAGCCUCUGCCUCGCUCUGCUUCAUUUCUGGAGCUAGGUGGUGUGCCUGAAAUGCACAUGGCUGAUUAUAAGAGUCAGCCUAAACACUGUAACAUGUGUCCUCGUGUGUAAUACUCUAUGCACUCAGACUUUGGGAUGCAAUCUUUACUGUAGUAAGAAUGGUGAUACAGUGGAGUCUCUCCCAGCCUUCACACCUGCGAGUAGGGUUGCAAAGGGGUGGAAAAUUUCCAUGGGAAGUUAAGCUAGGGGAUUUUGGAAAUAUUCCAAAUUGAAAACUUUUUAAUUAAUGGGAAUUUAUGGGAAUUAACUUGGAAUUGAGGGUAAUUUAAUUGAAAGGUAUCAUAUCCAAGCAGAACUUUGUUUUGUUAUAAGCAGACAUCCAUCCAAAAUGAUACAGUUAAAACAGAUUUAUUUGUAAGUAGAACUUUAUCAAAUGUUAAAAAAUUUAUUGAACAACCAAUUCUUUCAUUGAAGACCAAAAACAUGAAUGUUGAGUUAAAUAUUACUCAUCCUCCCGACCCAACCCAUUCAAAAAUUAACAAAAAUGCAAUCCCAACAAAGUCCCAUUCAAAUGUUAAAUGAAAAGAGCCACUCUCCCUCCAAAAAAGUCCCAUUCAACAUACAAAUAAAAAAGCAUCUUCCCUAAAGCUUCUCAAGCCUUCUCUUCCUCAUCAGUGUCACUGUCCAGCCUGGUUGAAAUCUGGUUGUUUUAGUAAGGAUUAUGCUAAAAUAUAUUUUCCCCAACUAUAUUUAAGUUCCCUAUUAAGAGGCAGCCUUCAAUUUAGUAAAUUCCUGAUUUAUUCCCAUGGAAAUUUUCCAACUUUGAAAGUUCUCUGAAUUUUGCAACCCUACCUGCGAGUCGAGGAAUAGGAGUCCUUAUGAUUUUGGUUUUGUGUGGAUCAAACAAAUAAGACAAAUGUGGAAGUAAUAAUCUUCUUGAAGGUUUUUUAUUAUGACCUUUAAGUCUGGCAAGCAUCCAGUCUUGAGACUGAGUUAAACUACCCUGCUUCAUGACCACACAGACUUUAGUGAAUGGUCUCAAUUUGCUCCUGAAACUGCAGGUUAGAAAGCACUGAAGCAGUCUUGUAUAUAAAAGCUACACUGUAGGUGACGUGCUGCAGAAUCCGGUCGCUCUUUUUGACGACAUGUCGUAAACCCUCUUCGAAGCCUUAAUUUAUUACAGAAAAAGGUACCUGGUGAUGCUAGCGUAGAUGCUGUUUGAAUGUGGGGAUUUCUCUUGUUUGAUUUACAUUUAUCAGUUUAAAAAAAUCACUUUAAUUUAUAUUUUAAUGUCUGUUGAAUGGGGGGAUAUUUAGCGUUGCAACUCUUAGAAACGUGCAGGGAUAAAUUUGCUCUAAUUUUUCAUUGCUGUGCCUUUUUUUGAUUUUCUUCUUCAUCUUUCACCAAAUAUAAAGAGGGUUAAUAAUCAGAUUUGAAAUGAGUGUAGCAUUAGCUGAUUGAACUACAGUAGAAUGUUGUUGUUUUAUUUUUCUAAUUUAUACCUAAAUGUAUUUAUAAAUUAAGUUGUAAACAGUGAUGUAAAUAUUUUCUGCUCCCUGUCUGCUGAUUGAUAUUUUCUUAGGGCAGGCCCUCGUCAGUGUCCACUGCUGCUGCCUAAUGUUCACAUGUUGUGUCUCUUAAACCUGUAAAACACAAGCAACACUAACGUACACACGUCUGGGUAGAUGAUUUCUGUUUUUAUAACUCAACCAAAGCACUACAUAGAUUCUUUUCUUUUGCAAUAACCCACAUUUAGGAAGAAAUAUAUAAAACACAGUUUUUUUUAUUAUCACUAUCAAGCAGCCUUCCUUUAAGGCACCUAACCACUUCAUCAGACUUUAAACACACUUCCUUUAAAGUCAUAUUUCUUUGAGAAACACUACAGCUGCCUGUCAUGUGUUGACUUCCUGUGCCUCUGUAUGUACUGAUUUGAAAUAUAAAAACUGUAUGAUGGACUGACGGUGAAGAGGAGACUUCUCUCUAUCACACAUCAUGAGGAUUUUGUAUCAGCUGUACUUUUUCUUUGUGUUUUUAGGAAGAUCUCUGAAUGUAGUUACGGACUUAAUCAGCGACCACUGGCAUUCUGCACUGGUUUUGUGUUUUCAUUGUAAGAGAGAGAAUUUUUAUUUUUGUGUACAUUGUUUGGGUACAGGGAAGAGGGUGAGAAAUAAAGAAUGUAAGGAACAAAUCAUGUUUUACACACACA